AUGGGAAAAAAGGGCAAAAAGAAUCGUUUUAAUCAAGUUCUCGAUAUUGAUAUCAGCUAUUCCAGUAGCAGUGUCCUUGAUGGUGCCGCAACAAUUCCAUCUGAUCUCCAUCUUUCAAAGGAAAAGGUGACAGAGCUUCAGCGCAUCAAAGCUCAGCUUCCAUCCGCACCACAGGCUGUUCGACUCGAAGAAGACAUCGCUCGUAUCCCAGACACCGGCCCCUUUCGCCUCGUACUUGUUAAUGUUGCCUUCUCCGCAACCCGCAGAGAAAUUGAGGAGUUUUUCCUUCCCAUUCACCCGCUUUAUAUUCGCACCGUCGAGGAAGAUGGUCAGUUUCGUGGUUACUGUUUUGUGGAUUUUGCCUCUAAGGCGGAUUUGGGUACAGCAAUGGAGAAGAAUGGUGCCUUUCUUCUUAACCGUCGUGUGACUAUGCGUAUAGCUGAUCAGAACGACACUAGCAAUAGACGCGGAUAUGGCGGCCGCGAUGGCUUUAAUUCUCGUCGAUCCGAUUACAGGAGCCGCGGCUUUGAUGCGGCCGGUGAGGGUGGCGCCGACCCCUCGGGUUGGACUCGUCGGGCGGUGCGUCCUCCUCCUCCUCCUCCAGUGGCUGUGGCAGGACCGCUCCCCGAACGUCCCAUCAUUCGUCUCCAACCGCGCACGAAACCUCUCAAUGGAAAUGCGGACGAGGUCGCCACGUCUGCUCGUCACGCCGCUAUCUUUGGUGCCGCCAAACCGGUCGAUACUGCAGCAAUGGAGCGGCAAAUCGAGGAGCGAAGUGGGGCCACUGGGUGCCAUGGUGCUGAGGCCUGUGAUCUGGUUAUCACUCGGUGGGUUUGUGCGGACCUGUUCGGAGGAUACUAG